AUGGUCGACGGCGGCGUGGCGGAGCUCGAGUUGGACGAGGUUAGCCUGACCAGAGCCGUGCCGGCAGAGGUUUGGCGCCUGAGUGCGAUGAGGAAGUUGAGCCUCCCCAAAAAUCAGCUGACGUGCGUGCCGGCGGAGAUCGGGCAGCUCACGUCGCUGGAGAUGUUAAACCUCAACUACAAUCAGCUGACGAGCUUGCCGGCGGAGGUCGGGCAGCUCACGGCGCUAAAGGAGUUGUCCCUCUACGGCAAUCAGCUGACGAGCGUGCCGGCGGAGAUUGGACAGCUCGCGUCGCUGACGGAGUUGAACCUCGGCGGCGGUAAGCAGCUGACAAGCGUGCCGGCGGAGGUCGGGCAGCUCACGUCGCUGGAGAGGUUGUGGCUUCACGACAAUCGGCUGACGAGCGUGCCGGCUGAGAUUGGACAGCUCGCGUCGCUGAGGGAGUUGUGGCUCAACUACAAUCAGCUGACGAGUGUGCCGGCGGAGAUCGGGCAGCUCAGGUCGCUGAGGUGGUUGUUCCUCAACGACAAUCGGCUGACGAGCGUGCCGGCGGAUAUCGGGCAGCUCACGUCGCUGGAGGGGUUGUGGCUUCACGCCAAUCAGCUGACGAGCGUGCCGGCGGAGAUUGGGCAGCUCACGUCGCUGGAGAAGUUGUACCUCGGCGACAAUCGGCUGACGAGCGUGCCGGCUGCGAUACGCGAGCUCAGAGCGGCGGGCUGCCAUGCGGAGCUGGAUAACGGCGUGACGGUGGACGAGUGA